UAAGCUUUUUCUCAGCACUCAAUUGUUUCUCGCUAUGGCUCGAAUUCUGGUUGAUUUUGCUGAGAAUAUGCAGCUUUGUCUUAAGCUGUUUUACAACACAAUUAUUGGAUUGCUACAUUAUGAACGCCUAUGGAUAUGGCUUGAAAUUGCAUUUGCCUAUUUUCUGAUGUGUUUUAUAAGCAUCUGGAAAAGUCUCAUGCGUUCGCCACAUACCAGAGAUGUGGCAUAUUGGCUUGCAAAUUAUUUUGGUUACUUCUGUACAUGGAUUUUUAAGGGCUGGAAAGUCGCUUAUGGUGCCUGGUCUGACUUCUGGUCCAAUCCGCAGGUGCGUCGAUACCUUUACGAGUGCAACCUCAGUGUCUGGCAGCUUGUCUACGGUAUGCCGAGUACCGGUAGCAUUAUAGUAUUUAACGGUUGGCACGAUGUGUCCUGUUGUUGCACCGAUCGCGUGGGUCAGCUGAUUGAACAGGCAAAAGUGUGCCUGGAUGUGGCGUUGCUGUCCGACGAAAGUGCCAAGCACCUCAACGGCAUUUUGGGUGCCCAUUCUCGUGCCGUCAAUGUGCGCAUUCUCGCCAGCGAUAAAAUGCUCCAGGCCAAUGGUGCCGAGAUGCUGGAGAUCUGUGCUGCUGGCGUGCCGUUGCGCUCCUACGCCAUGAGCGUUGCUUUCGGCUACAACUUUGUCAUCAUUGACAGCGAAAGACGCGCCCUGGAGAUCGAAGCCGGGCAGGAUACGCAGGCUAGUACCAACCUUUGGCUUCUCAGGGGCAACCUGAAGGGCUUCCUCAAGUUUCUUCUACACGCCGUGAUGAACAAUGGGAAAAAGGACUACAGAAAUGACAGUUACCAUUUUCAACACUUUUUUUCUGAAUGGAAAAUCUUGUAUCCCAUUACUCCGGAUUAUUUGAAAGCAUACAAUUAUAUAUGAUAGCACAGGGCUGUGCUAAAAGAAAAGUGUUCCAAAUUAAAAGUUACUA